AUGAAGAACAUGAAAAACUUGAUCUGCAUUGUCCAAAAGAAGAAACUUAACCGUGCAGAAAAAAGGAGUUUGUUGUCAUCGAUUGCAGCAUGUCAUAAUUUUGGUGUUGAAGCCCAUAAUUAUGUUCGGGAUUCAGAUGUAUAUGAUUCAAUUGUAUUCUCAUAUUGCCGAACACUCAGGUAUUUUGGUAUCCCAUUUAUUUCAUUUCGAGAAACUGAGAGAUAUAAAUUCAUGUUAGAACUAUCUAUUCAGCAAACAUGGGCACUUGGAAUAGGAGAAGCUCUUACAAACACCAAAUUUUUCAAUGCUUCUCGUCUUCCUACUUAUCACCCUGAAGUAAAGGAAGAUUAUUUUGAUUUAGCGCUAAGUACCUUAAAGAAAAAUAAAAACUAUGAAGAAGUUGCAUCAAUUCUAAAGGCUUCAAAUCCUGAUAUUAGAUACAUUUCAAUCCUUGAUUCGCCGAGUCAAAUUAUUUUAUGCACUUAUACAAAGAAGACUAAUAAAUUUAAUAUCCACAAGGGUUGCUUUUCUACUUCUAAUCUUACAAUUUACGCUUAUGAAUCAGAUAUUAAAGCAAAGGAAAAGGCAAAUAUGAUGAAAAAGAAGGCAAAAGAGCAAGACGAAUCUUGUAAAGACUCCGAAGGAUCAAAUUUAAAUCUUGAUCUCGAUACAUCUUCGAUGCCCGAUGACAAUUUUCUGAUGUACUCAGAAUUGGAUAAGAUUCCUGAAUUCGGACCGUGCGAAAUAUUUGAAGAUCUUUGA